AUAUCUUUGACACAGUCUUCGUUCACGCCGGCUACGUUAGGUCACAACGCAAGAGAAGGUGUAUGACAAUUUGCGUUGUAUAUUUAAGCUUUUAGCAUUUUAAAGGAAACUACUAAGAUGUCUCGUCGAUAUGAUUCAAGAACAACCAUCUUCUCGCCUGAAGGCCGCCUAUACCAGGUAGAGUAUGCCAUGGAGGCCAUUGGUCAUGCUGGCACUUGUCUGGGGAUUUUGGCCAACGACGGUGUGCUGCUGGCGGCUGAGAGGAGGAACAUCCACAAGCUAUUGGACGAGGUGUUUUUCUCAGAAAAGAUCUACAAGCUGAAUGAGGAUAUAGCGUGUAGCGUGGCUGGAAUCACAUCAGAUGCCAACGUACUGACCAAUGAGCUGAGACUAAUAGCACAGAGAUACCUACUGCAGUACCAGGAGCCUAUCCCCUGUGAGCAGCUGGUUACAGCUCUGUGUGACAUCAAACAGGCCUACACACAGUUUGGAGGGAAAAGGCCCUUCGGCGUGUCUCUGCUGUACAUGGGUUGGGACAAACACUAUGGUUUCCAGCUCUACCAGAGUGACCCCAGCGGCAACUACGGAGGCUGGAAGGCCACCUGUAUCGGCAACAAUAGUGCCGCGGCCGUGUCCAUGCUGAAGCAGGACUUCAAAGAAGGAGAGAUGUCUCUGUCCUCUGCCCUGGCUCUGGCCGUCAAAGUGCUCAACAAGACUAUGGACGUCAGCAAGCUGUCUGCUGAGAAAGUGGAGAUCGCCACUCUGACCAGAGAGAACGGAAAGACUUGCAUCAAGGUGCUGAAACAGAAGGAAGUGGAUGAGCUGAUCAAGAAACAUGAGGCGGAGGAGGCCAAAGCGGAGAAAGAAAAGAAGGAAAAAGAGCAGAAGGAGAAAGACAAAUGAGUGGCCCACAUUGUUACUUUUCUGUAAAAUAAAAUAGUUCAGGUUUUCUAAAUUGUUCUUUGACUAUCUGUUGUAUUUCUUUAAAUAAAGGCUAAAUACUAUA